UUGCAGCGCAUUUUUAUUUGUUAUUUAAUCCAUGGGAAAGGCAGCGUGAAUGUACAAUCAAUUAAAUUAAAAGCAAAAACAUGCAUGCGUUGAGGCAUAAACGGUUUUUGCGUGGAUUCGAAUUGAACUGGUGCCGACGGCUGUUGACGCAAAGCUGUACAGGCCACGAGCAACUGGAGCUGACAAAUGAUGUGAAACAUCGCAUAGAGACGCACUGGCGUCCACAAUUAAGUGGUGGACAGUUUGAUACAAAACAGACAGCCAACAAGUAUUAUGUUCUGUCAAUGUUUCCCUAUCCCUCUGGCAAUUUGCACAUGGGCCAUGUGCGCGUUUAUACAAUAAGCGACGCUGUGGCUCGUUUUCAUCGCAUGUGCGGCAAAAAUGUGUUUCAACCUAUUGGUUGGGAUUCGUUUGGGCUGCCUGCUGAGAAUGCGGCCAAUCAACGUGGUGUAGAGCCCGCUGCUUGGACACAACAAAACAUUGCUCAAAUGAAGCAGCAGCUGGAGCGUUUGGGCUGUUCAUUUGACUGGGCGCAUGAGCUGUCCACGAGCACUCCGGAGUACUAUAAAUGGACGCAGCAGCUGUUUCUUAUGCUACACAAGAAAGGACUGGCGUAUCAAAACGAAGCGCUGGUCAACUGGGAUCCAGUGGAUAAAACUGUGCUGGCCGAUGAGCAGGUUGAUGCCAAUGGCUGCUCUUGGCGCUCCGGAGCCAAAGUGGAAAAGAAGCUGCUGAAGCAAUGGUUUAUACGCACGAGUGCGUAUGCCAAGCGCUUGCUGGAUGGCUUGGAAGAUCCGACGCUGCGCGAUUGGCGUGAUAUUAUAAAUCUACAGCGUCAUUGGAUAGGCGAGUGCAAUGGCUAUGCCUUCUCGCUGCUCACCUCUGCAUCGAAUCUGCUGCGCGUCUGGACUGCCAAUCCGGAGCAUCUGAAAGAUCCCAAUGCAUUUUUAGUGCUGCGUAGCAAACACUUUCUGUCCAAGCUGCCCGAAGCAGGACAACUCAGCGUUGAGAAUCCCUUUGCUGCAACAACGAUGCCUGUAGUGUUCAGCGAUGAGGCUGUUUUCCCAGCCGACUGUGAUGUCUACUUGGCAGCGCCCAGCUUUCGUGCAGAGGAUCGUGAGCUGUGGGAAGGCUUUGGACUAGCGUUUCCCACGCCUGAGGAGGAAGCAGCACAACUAAAUCCUGCCAAUUGGGAGCAGCUAAGAAAGCAAGUGCUGCAGGCAGCAGAGCGACUUAAUGUGGGUGGCUAUCGCGUCUCUUCCAAGCUGCAGGAUUGGCUCAUUUCACGUCAGCGCUACUGGGGCACACCCAUACCCAUUGUACAUUGCCCUAAAUGCGGUGCAGUGCGUGUGCCGGAGGAGCAGUUGCCAGUGCAGCUGCCGCCACGUGAAGCUGGCAAGGAUGCGAUGCGCUGUGAAUGCCCCAAGUGUGGUGAAGCCAAUGCGCAACGUGAAACAGACACUAUGGAUACCUUUGUAGACAGUUCCUGGUACUAUCUGCGCUAUCUGGAUGCGCACAAUGCUGAGCAAAUGCUGGAUCCAGCGCUGGCGCAGAAAUUUAUGCCCGUGGAUCUGUAUAUAGGCGGCAAGGAGCAUGCUGUGCUGCAUCUUUACUAUGCGCGCUUCAUGAAUCACUUUUUGCAUAGCUGUGGACUGUCGCCUACUUCGGAGCCUUUCUCCCGCUUGCUGGUGCAGGGCAUGGUUAUGGGUCGCUCGUUUAGAGUGAAAGGCAGUGGUCGCUAUGUGCGCGAGGCGGAGGUGGAAAUAGUUAAUGCCAAAAAGAAUCAAGCACUGCUGAAGGAAACACAAGAGCCGGUGGUUAUGGGCUGGGAAAAAAUGUCCAAGUCGAAGCUAAAUGGCGUGGAGCCAGAUGAUAUGUUUGAUGAGUAUGGUACGGAUACAACCAGGCUGAUAAUAUUGGCAGAUGUAGCGCCCACAUCGCAUCGCAAUUGGUCCAGCGCAACUUUUCCUGGCAUACUCAACUGGCAGAAGCGUUUGUGGCUUACUUUGGAAGACUUUCAAGCAGCACGUGAGGAGCAAUCUCCAGAGCAUGUAGACACAGGCGGCGAUGCGUUUCUAGCCGAAGACGCCAAGCUCUUUGAUGCGCGCAACUUUUACAUCAAAGGCGCCACCUUCAACUAUCGCCAUGCACAUCAGCUGAGUGUAGCGAUCUCCAAGAUGCAGGGCUUGACUAAUUCCUUGAGACGCACUCCAAAGCACGUGCAGCGACAUGGCAAACAAUUUGAACGCGCGCUGGCAGCACAAAUUAUUAUGUUAGCGCCAAUGGCGCCGCACUUUGCCUCCGAGCUGUGGAGCAAGUUUGUAAGCGUGCGGGGACGCUUGAAUAAUGCCAGCGAGGAGCUGCAGUGGUCAGAGGAUGUGUUAAAGCAACGCUGGCCGGAUGUGGAUGCGAGCUAUGAGUUGGAUUUAAGCAUUAAAGUAAAUGGAUUUGAAAAUUGUGUCAUCAAAGUGUCGGGCACGCAGCUGGACAAGCUGGGCCAUAGCGAUGCGUUGGAUAUAGCAUUUAAUACCAAUUCGGUGACAGCGUAUCUGAUAGAUAAAAAGAUAAGGAAUACAAAUUUUGUGUUGUAUCCAGGAAUUGAGGCUAUAUUGAAUAUUUAUGUGGACAAGCUGCCAAAGGCGCAGCAGGCAAAGAGCAGUGGUGAUGUGGAUAAGGUAAGAGCCGAGUAAAUGGCUAUUAUAUUAUAUUUAUUGGUAGUUAAUGUUAAAUAUAUA